CGACCGGUGGGCGGGACCCGGAAGAGGUGACGCUUAGUUGUUUAUGGUUUGCCUUGUUGUUGGUUUAUAACUCCACUGGUCCUUCAUGUCACAUGUCUUUUAAUUUGGAGAAGUGUUUUAUAAACACAAGUGUUUCGACCGCUUAUUUUAAGUUAGCACUUUAUGAUUUAAUGACUGCAACGUGGCCGGCGACGUUAACAGUGAACUGCUGCUGAGGCGUCAUGGUGCUGUUUGAGUUAGUGUUUCUCAUGCUGGCAUCUUGUUGGAUUGGAGAGUCAGAGACGAGAAAUGUCCUCUUAAUAAUCGUGGAUGAUGGAGGUUUUGAGACAGAGGUGUACAACAACUCUGUGGUCCACACACCCCACCUGCGCGCCCUGGCCCAGCGCAGCCUGGUGUUCAACAAGGCCUUCGCCUCUGUUAGUAGCUGUUCUCCCAGCCGCUCCACGAUCCUCACAGGCCUGCCACAGCACCAGAAUGGCAUGUAUGGUCUUCAUCAGGGGGUCCAUAAUUUUAACUCAUUUGAUGCUGUACAAAGCCUACCGCUGCUACUAAGACAAGCCAACGUACACACAGGUAUAAUUGGGAAGAAGCACGUUGGUCCUGGAUCCGUUUACCCUUUUGAUUUUGCCUACACAGAAGAAAACAGCUCUGUCCUGCAGGUGGGGAGGAACAUCACUCGUAUUAAACUCCUGGUCCGCAAGUUCUUCCACCUCCAUAAAGAGGAAGCAUUGGAGCGAAAGAGGAGAAAAGAAAAUAAGGGCAACAGAGAUGAUACAAAAGAGAAAGAGAGGCCGUUUUUCCUCUACGUUGCCUUUCACGACAUCCACCGAUGUGGACAUUCACAGCCUCAGUAUGGAGCUUUCUGUGAGAAGUUUGGGAACGGUGAAAUGGGAAUGGGUAGAAUUCCUGACUGGAAACCAGUUUAUUACAAACCAGAGCAAGUAAAGGUCCCUCCUUUUGUGCCAGACACACCUGCAGCGCGAGCAGACUUGGCUGCACAGUACACCACAGUGAGCAGGCUGGAUCAGGGCAUCGGGUUAGUUCUUCAGGAGCUCAGGGAGGCCGGCUAUGACAACGACACCCUGAUCAUCUACAGCUCAGAUAAUGGCAUCCCCUUUCCCAACGGCAGAACCAACCUGUAUGAGUCAGGGGUUGCAGAGCCCAUGCUGGUGUCCUCUCCAGAGCACAGGGAGCGAUGGGGAGACACCAGCCAGGCCUACGUCAGCCUACUGGACAUCACUCCAACCGUCCUGGACUGGUUCUCCAUUCCCUACCCAUCCUACGUGCUCCCUGGGAACCCUGCCGCUCCGGUCCACCUGACGGGCCGCUCCUUGCUGCCCGCUCUGGUCACCGAACCCGGCAGCUGGCACACGGUCUAUGCCAGCCAGUCGCUGCAUGAGAUAAGCAUGUUCUACCCGAUGCGAUCGAUCCACCAGGGGGCGUACCGCCUGCUCCACAACCUCCAGUACCGCAUGCCCUUCCCCAUCGACCAGGACCUGUACGUGUCUCCCACCUUCCAGGACCUCCUGAACCACACGGUACUGAGUGAGCCGACGCACUGGUUCAAAAGCCUGGAGGAGUAUUACUACAGGGAGCGCUGGGAGCUGUUCGACACCAGGACAGACCCACUGGAAACCAAGAACCUGGUGUCAGACCCGUCUUACAGCGCCGUGCUGGAAACACUGAGGCAGAGUCUGCAGAAGUGGCAGUGGGAGACCGGGGACCCCUGGGUGUGUGGACCAGACUAUGUCCUGGAGGACAAACUGGAGCCACGCUGCCGACCACUGUACAAUGGCCUCUGAUGGACUCUGACACACACUAAUCGCACCACCUGAAUAUAUAUUUUGAUACAUGAUUUAUAUUUAGCUUUCAUAUUGUUGUAAGUGCUGCUGCAAUGCUCAACAAUAAACCAAAUAAAGCUUUUUUUAAUAAUGUAAAGAUACAUCUUCAUGCAGGUGAGUGACUGAUAAUGCAUAGAAUCAAAUAAACAGAGUCAGAGAAG